GGCAAGGUCAGUCCCUGGAGGCAGUCAGUGAGUAAAUUAGGAGUGCACAUAACACAAAGUAAUUAAAAAAAAAAAUUGGCUACAGUACUAAAUGCACUUACUUCUGAGUUCCUGAAUCACUAGUAUGCCUUUCCUGGGCUAUGCAGUUCUCCUGCUAUGUUGGAUGUAUUGUACUGCAGAGAGAGCUUGCGAACAACCUCCUCCAAGGAGAGUUAAAGAAAUACCUACUGAAGCAUGGGACAACCCUCCCUAUCCACAUGAUACUCUAGUAACAUACAAAUGUCGGCCUGGAUAUAUGAAAAUAGGACGAAUUGUGGUCAAGUGUGCUGAUGGAGAGUGGAAGCAACAAGGCAACACGGAAUGCAGGAGUAAGCCCUGUGGACAUCCUGGAGAUACUGAGUUUGGUUCCUUUCAGCUUACUGCUGGAAACGAGUUUGUCUUUGGUGCCAGAGUUGAAUACAGAUGUAAUGAUGGAUACCGAAUGCUUAGCCAGAAAAAUUACCGUGAGUGUCUUGCAGAGGGAUGGAGCAAUGACAUCCCCCACUGUGAAGUUGCAAAGUGUUUACCUGUAAAAGCACCAGAAAAUGGAAGAAUAGUUGUAAGUGGUGCAUUUGAGCUAAACCGAGAGUAUACCUUUGGCCAGGUCAUAGAGUUUCAAUGUAAUGAACAUUACAAGCUUGUUGGAUCUAAAGCAAUACAUUGCUCUUCUAACGGAAAAUGGGACAGUGAUGUACCUCAGUGCCAAGAUAUUAUUUGUAGCGUGCCACCAAUUCCAAAUGGAAUUGUACAUUCCUCGCAGAAGACUUACAGGGAGUCUGAGCAACUGCAUUAUGUCUGUAACAAAGGAUACACAUAUGGUGAACGAGCAGAUGUACAGUGUACGGAAUCUGGAUGGUAUCCAACCCCCUAUUGCACUGAAGUUGUAUGUUUUCCUCCAACAUUUCGCAAUGGAAACUUCAGACCUCAAAAAGACAGGUACAUGGAAGGAGCUACAAUCACAAUAGACUGUGAUUCUGGAUAUCAUUUUAGCACAUUGACUGCCAAAAGCGUAGCAAAAUGCACCAGCAGUGGCUGGGUACCUGCUCCAGGUUGUGUUGAGAAACCAUGUGACUACCCAGCUGUAGAUAAUAUCAUAUUGAGUAGAAGCUGGCGACAGAAUUACUUUCCAAUGAGGAUUGGGCAGACUAUUUACUACCACUGUCGUGAAGGCUACUUCACCCCAACUGAACAAUACUGGGUUCAGAUUGUCUGUUCUCAAGGGGGCUGGAAGCCAGAGCCACAAUGCCUCAAGAUAUGUGAUGUCAAGCGUGUGGAAAAUGGUGUUAUCCAAAAUAAUUGGAGAAGUUAUUACAAAGAAGGUGAAAGAGCUAGAUAUUCCUGCAAUACAAAUUAUCGUACUGACAAUGAAGAUGGUGAAAUUAUGUGCACAAAGAAUGGCUGGUCACCUACUCCAAGAUGUAUCCGUAAAGAAAUGUGCCAGUGGGUUGAUCUGACGAACGGCUAUUUCAUGAAGAGAAAGGCAACAUUUGAUAUAGGGGAAACAGUCACCUAUAGCUGUUACAGUGGCUUUGUAACUCCAGAAAGACAAGAAACAGGAGAGAUACAAUGUCAAAAGAGUGGCUGGUCUCCGCCUCCAAAGUGCAUCCAAUCCUGUAAAACACCACAAACUCACGUUUUGACUGACUAUGCAAGGAAAAGUAUAUACCUGCCUGGAGAUAUAAUUGAGUAUGCAUGUCAUGAGCAUUAUCAGACUGCAGAUAACAUGCCAACUGGUACUACCAGGUGUGAUGUAAAUGGUGAAUGGAAGCCAGCACUGCAAUGUGUCGCAAUAGAAUGUGAACUGGCAGUUAUGUCCAAUAGAGAUGUUGAACCUGCAAAGAGCAGAUACUACAAUGGAGAUGUUGUGAAAUUCAGCUGUGUACGUAAUUAUGUAAGAGUAGGCCCUGCUUCUGCUCAGUGCUAUUACUUUGGAUGGUUCCCAUCACCGCCAACAUGUAAAGAGAAUCCCAGAGGCUGUGGACCUCCACCUGAAAUCACCAAUGGAAAUGUUACUGGCAGCUUUCUGGAAUGGUAUCCACAUGGGAACAGAAUGGAAUAUGAAUGUGACACUCAAUUCAAAUUGGUUGGAUCAAAGGAAAUAGAAUGUUUGGAUGGGCAGUGGUCACCUCCUCCUUCUUGCAUUGAAGACAAAAUGCCAUGUGGAUCACCUUCUUCUUUCUUGAAUGUUGUUCUUCACCAGCAAGAUCGAGUCCAGUUUUCUCAUGGCGAUGAAGUAACCUAUGGAUGUAAGCAAGGCUCUGGGAAUGCUAGCAGAAUGAGAACAAAAUGUCUUAAUGGGGAAUGGAAGCCUUCACCUCUUUGUAACGCCCCAUUUCAUCAGUGUGUACGUCCAGAGGAUAUUGUGGUUGUACGCACUGGUUCUCCCAGGAAAACAAAGGAGACUGGGCUGCAUUUAACAUAUAAAUGUAAGCCAGCUGACAGACAAUUUAAACAGGCAACUUGUGUGUCCGGAAAAUGGUCUCCAGAGAUUCAGUGUACAGAUGAGAAUACAUGCCCACCUCCACCACAGCUGCCUAAUGCUAAGAAGAUACCGAUCGGAAGAAAUUACAAGAAUGGGAGUAAAAUAGCUUUUUCAUGUCUGGAGGGUUUCCAUCUCAUUGGUGCAAGUGAAAUAACAUGUAUAAAUGGGAAAUGGCAGUCACCACCAUACUGCGUUGAAAAACCCUGUUCACCACCACAACUUAUAGAACAUGCUGAUGAUUUCAGGCUGGUAAAUCAAAACUUAAAACUGGAAAAAGAAGGGAAAACAGUUUAUCUAUCUGGUGCUAUAGUGAAGUUCAUUUGUCAAUCUGGAUUUGAGUUAGAAGGACCAUCAGAGAUAAGUUGUUCAAUGGGAAACUGGAGUUCAUCUCCUAUGUGUUCAGAAAUGUCAUGUGGAAGUAUUCCAAAUGUUCUAAAUUCUGCAAUUGAAGGCAGAAACAAGGAAGUGUAUGAGCCUGGCGAAACAAUUCGCUACCAGUGUGAUGAAGGAUUCGAGGCUGUUGGUCUCCCAGAAAUUAUUUGCAGAAAAGGAAAUUGGUCAAGACCCCCAUUAUGUGAAGAUGUUACCUGUGAAGCCCCACCUGAAAUUCAUAGCGCUAAUAUUAUCAGCACUCAACAGCGGAAGUAUCUGCCUGGUGCUCGGGUACAGUAUGAAUGUGACAGAAAUUUUCAGAUUACAGGUGUAAAUUAUGUCACUUGUACAAAUGGACAAUGGUCACAAACACCAACUUGCAAAGAUAUGAGGUGUGGACCUCCUCCAGAAAUCACUGGUGGUAAAGUUCAAGGUGUUAAGAAGUCCAAGUAUUUGCCUGGGGAGACAGCUAAAUAUGAGUGCUGGAAAGGUUUUCGUAUGACUGGAGCUUCCACCAUAAGCUGUCAGAAUGGGAACUGGACAGAGCUGCCCACGUGCAGAGGAAAGAGUGGAAAAUGUGGCCCACCUCCAGAUAUUGAAAAUGGAGAUAUUCUUUCCUUCCCAAAGUCAGAAUAUUCACAAGGUGAAACUCUGCAAUAUAAAUGCCCGAAUCUCUACAUCCUGGAAGGAUCUUCGCAGAUCAGAUGUAUUAAUGGGCAGUGGACAAAUCCACCGGUUUGCUUAGCGGCCUGUACAGCGGCUGAAGAAGAUAUGAACAAUAACAACAUUGAGCUGAGAUGGAGGGACGAGAAAAAGCUGUAUUCCGAAUCGGGUGAUUUUAUCGAAUUUGAUUGUAAAAUAGGAAAUGUGAAAGACCCAACUUCUUCUCCGUUCAGAGUACAGUGUAUUAAUGGCACAUUUAAAUAUCCACGGUGCAAUCCAGGACGUGACUGCACAGUGCUUGAGUCAGAAAUGGAUAAGAACAACAUUAAACUAGAAUGGAGAAAGCCUUACACCUAUCGCUCUAAGGAACGUAUUUCCUUUACAUGCAAGUGGUUUCGUAGGGCAGUUUCAAGACCGGAGAAAUUUAACCCACAGUGUCUGGAUGGAGUAAUUGAGUACCCUCAAUGCACAGAGCAUCUGGAUAUACGGAAAUGACAUGACUGAGUCCAGCUGGAGAAAUGAACUCUCCUUCAACAAAUCCAGUGAUUUGAGCUCAAGUUUUCCCAGAGUUUCCUGCUUUAUUGUGCUUUAUAGCUUAGACAGUGUUCUCUGCUGGAAUGUGCUAAUUCAUUUUCUUUAUAUUAUUGGAUGAUUUUGUUUAAAUUUAACCAUUUUUUGUAAAUUUAUUUACAUUCUGUAAUUGUGUUUACAUUUCAUCCACCUGAGUGUACUUACUUGCCUCUUGCCUAUUCUGCAUUGAUCCCUGUUACUUUUAUUUACAUUUUCAUCCUGAAGUAGGCUGGCUUCGGUGGCAUAUUGAGUCAAGAAUUAAAAAGCCUGCAGGUAAUUUGAUUAUCAGUGUAUUUCGCCUCAUCUGCUUCUAGCUUUUUCUCCAUGAACAUGCUUGGAACUUAGCCUGGGAAUGAUGGCAGAGUCAGGGUGAGUCUUCUUUAAACAACUGGGGGAAUCUCUGGAUCACAGAACCCAAUUCCUACUCAGGACCUGAGCUUCCAUGUUAUUUGGUGGAAAGGCAAGAUGCUGGGAUGCAAGUGACUAACUGGUAUUUCUGGAUGUAGUUAGGCACAACUCCUUCUGUCCAGGUCCUGAAAUGAGACCUGCCAUCCUUUUCAUUUUUUGGUGAGCUUGCAUUGCUGUCUUGAUGGAUCUGAUACGCUUGUGCUUUAUUUAUUUUUUUGGUAAUUGAUCCAAUGGUGACAUAUUGCAGCUGAUGGAUAGGAACAGCUAGUGUGUUUAUGUGGCAUUGGUUUACUGCUCGUUGGGGAGCAUGUUUACUGCCUUUCUUGAUAGAGCUUCAUAGAAGAUACGCUCUUCAUUUUUCUUGAAGUUCACUUUUCUAAGAAUUUUUUGAAAGGUAGUGUGCACAGCACACGCAGCUCGGUGCGGCAAGGGAUGAUUCUUUGACCUUGAGAUGCCUUCAGUACAGAGAGAUUUUUAUUUAACUUCACCAAAUUCAUUCAGCCAAGCUCAUGAAAAUUAACCAACGCAAUAUGCUGCAUUUGUGUACUGUUAAUGGAGUCUAACAGUCUCGGUAUUCAAGAGGGGUAUAAACAUGAGUUGAGUUCUAAGAAAAUAGAGCAAGUAAGUAGUACCUGAUUUUCCUGUUGUUGCUUUUGCUGAUGAGGGAAAUUACAGGACAGCUAAAACCUUGCUUUAGUCACCAAAUAAUUGGACAUGAUUUCUUGGGAUAAGAUCUCAAGAGAACAAAGGCCUGCUGACUCCCCUUGCAGACAGGUCUUUUGUUGCAGGAACUUGGAGAAGAGGGAAUCUUUCAGCUGAAGACUGGGAUGAAUCAAUGCUGAAGGUCCAAUAGAACAGUAGGGCUCCAGUGUAGGGUGCAAGUCCCCCUGCACAAGAUAAAUCCAUUGAGAGUAGCAAGAAGCUAUUAAAGCUUCUGUUUAGACUAUCAAAAAAAAAAAAAAAAAAAAAAAAAAAAAAAAAAGAAAAGGAAAAGAAAAAGAGAAGAAAUUGAGCUUUAAUGCCAUUUAAUGUACAGAUUUGACAGCGGUGAUCUCACUCAGUUACUCUGUUAGAGGACCACGGAUCAUAUAAGGCAGAGAAGUGUCCUGGGGGAAGAGCUGGUGCUCCAUAUUGCGGAGGGGUUCCAUUUAGCUGUCUGGACUGUGGGAAUGAGAGAGAGGUAGACACUGUAUUUUAAACGUUCAUGUUGAGAAGAAGUGCGUGUUGGGCUUGUUUGUUUGUUUGUUUAUCAACUUUGAUGAAGCCUCUUGUUUCAAAACCUUAUCCAGAUGACAGGAAAAGCACUGCCAGUACUUUCAGUGCAAAGCGAUAGGCUACUGCAGCGCAUUAUUAUUUACUUUAUGUGCUCAUCUUCGCAGCCUUACAAAAUGGCAUUCAUCUGCCAUGUAUUGUUACUGAAGGGGAUCUCUUCCUCCCCCCCGGCUUCAGCCAGAGCUGAAGAUCUGGUAGAAAAACAAAUGCAUAACGUUGAAUGCAAUGACAGCAACAGAAUGAGAAGAAAUCUUGGCAACAUGUGAGCAACAUUAAUAAUAGUAACCAGUAUUAUGAAAACAGUCCUAGUGAAAAUGCAGCGAUAAGCUGAAUACAGUGAUAUACGAUUCAUCACCUGUAUUGCCUACACAAAGUAACUAAAAUCCAAGUUCCACAAACACAAAUACUCCUUUUGACAUUCUCUUGUGUACAGAUGCAUUGGCAGAAGCAAUAUAAGCCUCAUAGAAUUCUUCUUCCUAACAUUUGCACACACGGUCUGUUAAUAUUGCGUUGUACUGCUGUAUACUCAGUCCUCAGUCUAUAGAACAUUUUCUCAUUUCCCUCUCUUUUCGACUCAGAUUCAACAAUGCCACUGAACACUCCUUUCUCAAAGUCAACUGUAGUCAUCUUGAAGGUAGGAGGCCACCUUAAUCAACACUAGAUAAAGAACACAUACAUGCAUAUCUUUCCAAUACAUUUUUUUAAAGUCAUACUUACCUAUUCUCUCCUUUCAACACAUCUUGGAUACGCUAGCUGUCCUCUCUUGCACUGCACUUGAAAUAAAGUCGCACCAGAUUCUGCUCCAA